AUGGGGUUCGUCACUUACCCGCAGGAUUGGGACCAGUUUUGGCAGUCGCAGCUGGCAGUGGUCAUACUUGUGCAGUGCGGGCAGAUGGUCGGCUCAUCUGUUUUGGAAAGAAUCGAGAUGGGCAGUGUGAUGUGCCAGCAGAUUUGGGACCAAUUUUGGCAGUCGCAGCUGGCUACUAUCAUACCUGUGCAGUGCGGGCAGAUGGUCGGCUCAUCUGUUUUGGAAAGAAUCGAGAUGGGCAGUGUGAUGUGCCAGCAGAUUUGGGACCAGUUUUGGCAGUCGCAGCUGGCCCCUACCAUACCUGUGCAGUACGGGCAGAUGGUCGGCUCAUCUGUUUUGGAUGGAAUCAAGAAGGGCAGAAUCAAGAUGGGCAGUGUGAUGUGCGAGCAGAUUUGGGACCAAUUUUGGCAGUCGCAGCAGCUGGCUACUAUCAUACCUGUGCAGUGCGGGCAGAUGGUCAGCUCAUCUGUUUUGGAAGGAAUCAUGAUGGGCAGUGUGAUGUGCCAGCAGAUUUGGGACCAGUUUUGGCAGUCGCAGCUGGCCCCUACCAUACCUGUGCAGUACGGGCAGAUGGUCGGCUCGUCUGUUUUGGAAGGAAGCAAGAUGGCCAGUGUGAUGUGCCAGCAGAUUUGGGACCAAUUUUGGCAGUCGCAGCUGGCUACUAUCAUACCUGCGCAGUGCGGUCAGAUGGUCGGCUCAUCUGUUUUGGAUGGAAUCGAGAUGGGCAGUGUGAUGUGCCAGCAGAUUUGGGACCAGUCUCGGCAGUCGCAGCUGGCUUCGAACAUACGUGAGCAGUGUGAGCAAAUUGGUUCUGGACACAACAAGUGGGCAGUAUAA